CACGUCGCCGUGAUCGCGGAAGUUGUCGAGUUCCUGGGCAUACGUGUUCUCCCAGCUGCAAGAGAUAGGGAGAAACGUCAAGCAAAAGCUACGAGUAAUGCACAAUGAGCGUUGCACGAUCACGGUUUUUCACGACGAAGGGUUUAUCCCAGCAUCAUCAUCGUCGUCGUCGUCGGAGUGCAGCCUCCGUCGCGGCCGCCGCCGCCGUCGUCGCGCUCGUGGUAUCGAACGUGAGUCGCGCGGCGCUGCUGCCUGCCGUCGCUAUAUAAAUGCGCGGCGCCGGCAGGCGCGCUCAGUAUGUGUCAUGCAUUGCGAGUGCGAACAUCGCCCGUGAUGGCGGCUAGAGUGCGGUUGAAGAUUCGUCGCGGCAUCGGCGUGUCACCGAUCGUCGCUCUGCUUGCUGUGUGCGCUGUGUCGAGUCUUGUGAGUGGGAUGUUCGAGCAUCGACAUUGCGAUCAUCAGCAUCCACGAGCGCACGAGGUAAUCCAUGGCGUGCACAUCGAGCCGGCACAUGAAGUAAAGAAACGUAGCAUCAGUCAACCAGUUCGCAUCCUACUAUCUUACGACGAGAGCGUCUUUAGGUUAGAUGACGAGAAGCUGGAUCUCAUUAAUAAUACCAUUCUACCCGAGGCCGUGCACUUUUGGGAACGAGCGUUGAUGGUGCGAGAGACGAAGAGUACCAUUAGGUUGAACAGAAAAUGCGAGAGUAGUCAAGUUUUCGUCAAGGACCGCCACACACACUGUAUAGAUACUUGUCGCCCUGUUACUAUGUGCGGCGAGGUAGUCGUCCCAGAGGACCAUCUUGACGUCUGCAGAACGUGUAACGCGACAGGACAUAAUUGCGGAAUUGCUGAGGGGAGUAAAGCAGGUCCUGGAAUCGACGGUGCCGAUUUUGUCUUCUAUGUAUCUGCUAUGCAGACUGAGAGAUGUCACAAGGGCUUAACAGUAGCCUAUGCUGCUCAUUGUCAACAGGAAGCUGCUUUAGACCGGCCGAUAGCUGGCCAUGCCAACCUAUGCCCAGGAAGCAUCAGCACGAAACCGCAGGAGUUGGAAACGUUGCUCAGCACUGUUAAACACGAGAUCCUGCACGCUUUAGGAUUUUCUGUAAGCUUAUACGCUUUCUACAGGGACGAGAAUGGCGAGCCAAGAACGCCCAGAAGAAGCGAUACUGGAAAACCACCUCUUAAUGAAAAGUUACAAACGCAUCAAUGGAGCGAGAACACGAUCAAAACUGUGGUCAGGCCUCGUUGGCAAGUACACGGUGGUUACGUGGAGAGGACCAUGCAAAUGAUAGUCACGCCUCGCGUCCGUGCCGAGGUUCAAGCGCACUUUAAUUGCCCGGAACUUGAGGGUGCGGAACUGGAAGACCAAGGCGAGGAUGGCACGGCUCUCACACAUUGGGAGAAGCGUGUGUUUGAGAACGAAGCGAUGACGGGCACACACACGCAAAAUCCAGUAUAUUCGAGAAUAACGCUCGCUCUUAUGGAAGAUACUGGUUGGUAUAGCGCCAACUAUUCGAUGGCGCAAGAGCUAGGAUGGGGAAGAAAUCUAGGAUGCAACUUUGCUAUGAGAUCCUGUAAGGAAUGGAUAUCUUCCAAAUCAUCCCCGCUAUCGGGAAAGUCGAUACAUCCUUUUUGCAACAAAGUGAAACAGGAUCCUUUGCAAACCGAAUGUACGGACGAUCGAAGUUCAGUGGCCUUGUGUAAUCUAGUAAAACAUCCGCAACCGCUGCCCAAGAAAUAUCAAAACUUCGAUAAAAUACCUCACGUACCAACGGGAGAGGAACAAUAUUACGGUGGUUCGGUAUCUCUGGCAGAUUACUGUCCUUAUAUACAGGAAUUCACGUGGAGAGCAAAGAAUAUAGUAGUCAGAGGUUCUCAUUGUCUUUACGAGGAGAAUAAUCCGCAUCCGGACAAGAAUUUUGCAUUAGAAAAAUACGGCCCUCAUUCGAGAUGUUUCGACCACACUAAUGACAUGUGGGAAGAGAGAACUUGCAAACAAGCGCGACAAUGGCAACAUUGGGGCUCCGGUUGUUACUUGUAUAAAUGCGAUGUCGGCAGACUGCACAUUAUGGUGGGCAAUUAUACUUAUACUUGCUACCAUGCUGGACAGGAAAUUACUAUAAGAAUUAUGCAGAACGGUUGGUUGCAUAAAGGUGCUCUAAUCUGUCCACCCUGCCGAGAUAUUUGUCAAGCGGAAUUUAAAGCACGAGGGGAAUGGUGCAAACCAGGGGAUGAACAUCCACCUUCCACAUUUUAUCACAAAGACUCUCUCUACUGUGCGUCCGCAAAUAGUUUUGGCCUAAGUGUACCAACGUUUAUUAUUGCAAUGCUAUCUUUCGUUGUUAGAUGAUACGUUGUUUGCUUUAGUUAAUGUGUUUUAACAUUACCAAAUCUAGAUCCAUAAAUAUCAUUUAAUGAAGUAUGUAUCAUAUUUAUCAGCAGUCCCGGUUUAAAAAUAUUUUAUUUCUCGUGAUAUAUAUAUACACGAGUAUAUAAAAUAUUUGUUUAAGUUUUUAUUAUCUAUCAUAAAAAUGUAAUGGAUAUUGACCGAGGUGACAAUCGUAAUUAAACUCGUUAUCUAUACAAAGAAAUGAUAGAUUUUUUAUCAAAGGACAAAGAAAUUAUCAGGCUUCAGAUUUACUAUGCGCGUGAUAGAUACUAUGUUUAGGUUUAACUAUUUGUAGACAUAAUAUGACGAAGCAUUUUUAGUGCUAAUCUCAUAUUUUAUUAUACAUAUAUUUGGGUUAUUUAUAGCCGGCUUGUUAAUUUUAUUAUUACGUAUACAUUCCGUACUAUAUAUGAUAAGCUUUGACGUAAUUUGUUUUGAUCAGUAUUUUGAAUAAAAAGGCGUUUAAGGCUAGAUAGAUAAUCUCGGUCAAUUCAAGAUGAGUUACCUUGGUCGAUAGAUAAUUGCUAACAUUAUUUGACUGAUAUGCACAUACAUGGACUGCAAAUGCUGCCGAUAUAAAGAAUAAGUAAAGAAUAAGAUCAGAAUUUUAUAAAUGAUAUCAAAUUUGUUGUAAAAAUUAAUAAGUUUAAUAGAGAAACUGCGCUAUACAUUGCCGACAAAUAACAAUGUAAACACAUAUUUUGUGACAUGACGAUGAAUGAUAAAUAUUAUAGACCCGUCGAAAAAGAAAGUAUAUAUACAGGGUGUUUUACUGUGCGUUACAUAUCAUUUUUUAAGAAACUAUUAAAGAUAACAAUAUGAAUUUUUGUUUUUAUUUGUAAAAAAUCUUGUACACAUAUAUACACACUAAAUUAUAUAUAUAAUAUUUGCACUUCAUAAUAAUUCACGAUUAAUUAUGUCAGCAAAGUAUAGCGAGUUUUUCUUUUCAAAAUCAUCUCUCGGAAUCAUAUUUAAAUUAAAAAUUAUAAGUAAUUAAACUUUGAGUCCAACAUUUAAGAAAUGUUGUAUUUCAUCAAGAAUAUAAUAUAAUAUAACGGCUGAUAUAUACCUUCUUUGGCACACACAGUCUGUGUAUUAUUAAUAAAUCUGUGACAUUCCUAGCGAUAUAUAUGUAAAGAGAUGUUCAUAUGAAAAUAUGCAAAUCAUAUCGAACAAUAUAUGAAUAAGUAUGUAAACUCUGAAGCGAUUCAAAAGCGUGUCCGAGUAGUCAGUUUAUCAAGAAUUAUCGAUUGUUGUGUAACUGAAUGAAUAUCGCGAAUGUAUGUGGUGUAGAAAAUAAAUCUUUGUAUAUAUAGUUUGAAAAAUACGAAGUCUAUAAUAAUGUAAUAGAAUUGCGACGGUAACUUUUGCGCAUAGCAUAAUAUUAAAAUUUUAACAAUUGCAGAUAUGUCUUAAUAAAUUUUAUUUGAUAAAUAUUAAUGCGAUAAAUAUAUAUUGCAUUUGAGUUAUCUAUAUUUUAUAAAAAAUACUUUUCUAGUUUUUCAUUAUUUGAAUCAUAUGCAUUGUCUCAAUAUAUUUACAGAAAGCUAUUUUCAUUGCAAAGAUUUAAUUUGUAACAAAUAAUUGUAUCUGUAUUAUUUAAUACUAUUUUUUAAAGUGCGCAUUAUUUAUAAUUUCUUGUAUGUUUUAAUAAGAAUGUAAAUAAAAAUUGACGUUAUUCAUAAAUAGAAUAUUAUUUUCAAUAUUAUUAUUAUUAUAUUAUUAUAUUAUAUUAUAUAGAAAAAAAGCAAAUGUGGAAGUAUAUGAACUGCACAAUUUAUGUACAACAUGUUACUAACUGUACUAAGUUAGUAACUGUACUAAAAUUUGUAAAUUGAUGAUAAUAGAAUAAAUCGUUUUAAUAUGAAUCAAUAUCUUCACAUUGUUUUAAUCUUUAAUAAUUGUUUUUAAGUAUCUAAAAACAGCAAUGGAAUAUUUAUAAUUCUCUAUUAUUUGCAUGAAAAUAGCAAUUUUGAUAUCAAAAUAAGAUAUUUUAAAGACAUAUAUUUAUGGAUCAUAUGACGCAAUGCAUAUUAAUUCCAUUUU